CUGUCCCACCGCUCGGGCCUUCGGGCCUUUAGUCCACCGCUCCCGGGGACCUCCAGGCCUUGGACUCGGGGCGUGGGAAGGGGAAGGAAGGGUUGUCCUCUAGACUAGAGGCCUAGCCGCUUGGGAGGGGCCUGUUUCGUGGUCUCCCACCGGCAUGGCUGGGUCUCGCCGGGGGUGGGGGGGUUGCCAGACAGCUGCUGGAGCUUCCCAGGCCACGGGAACCCUGCCCCGGCUUCUGACCCUCUUCCUCGCUUGGCCAGUUGCCCUUGGCAUUGCGCAAUCAGAAAAAUGAAGACGGUCCUGGGGUUUGGGCGGGGUGGGGUGGGGGGCAAGGGGGGAUCAGGCUAAGCUGGGUUCCUACCCCUUGGGCAGAUUUCUCCGUGUGGGGGCCCCAGACAGGCUGCCCACAGCGGUUUCUGCUUGGAUGGCCCACCCUCCCGCGCCUGCCUCCAUCCCCGUGUGGUUUAGGAGGCAGGAACCUGAGGCCCCUCAGCCUCCCCUCCCGGGGGAGGAGGAAGGACCGAGUCUGCACCGGACCUGGGACCGCCCCUGACAGCGCUGCGCUCCGCCCACUUAGACCUGGGCCUGGGGGAGCCAGGCCUGGCCGAUGGGGCCAGUUGCCUCUUCUCCCAGGUUCAGGUCACCGUUGGCCACCCCCCAACCCCCCGCAUACUCCGCUGAAGGCUCCCCUCUCUCUGCAGCCUGGAGAGCCUCCCACGGACACCACCUUUGCGGUUGCUGCUGGCGUUCAGUCGCUCAGCCCUGUCCAGCUCUGCGACCCCAACUCCUCCCCUUGGCUGUGUCCUGCCCACUUUCAUUAUCUUUCAAUUUCCUCAUCUGUCAAGCAGGAGGGUUAACUGGCUUUGAUCUCCAGGAACUCUAAUGAGCAAGAUAACAUCUAUGACAGCACAAGAAGGAGGCUCAAGAAGUAUUCCUAGGGAAUCCCCUGGCGGCCCAGUCCUCAGGACUCCAGGGUUUCACUGCUGUGGGGCCUCUAUCAGGGAAUUAAGAUUCCGCAAGGUGCAUGCUGCUGCUGCUGCUGCUAAGUCGCUUCAGUCAUGUCCGACUCUGUGCGACCCCAUAGACGGCAGCCCACCAGGCUCCUCCGCCCAUGGGAUUUUCCAGGCAAGAGUACUGGACUGGGGUGCCAUUGCCUGCAUGGCGCUGCCCAAAAAAAUUAAUUGAAAAAAAAGUCAUUACUCCUUCCCCCACUUUUACUGACUUCAAAAGAAGAUGGGAACCCUGAGACUAGUCUAGGCUCUUCCGGGUCAUCAUGCUACCCUAUGUUGGCCCAUUCCUCCAGGACUUCCCAUCUCUUAAGAGCCUGUUCAUACCCUUGUUGGCAGUGGAUCAUUAUGGGAAUAGCGGUAGGCAGCAAUGAUGGUAUGCCCACAUCCUGUGUUUGCACCCUUCUGCCCAGUGACACGGAGCCUAACGGGAACAGAGUGUGUCCAGGGGAGGGGGCACCCCCCCAGCAUCCAGGUCAGGGGCUGUCAGUUCCCACCCACAGCUCUGCGGCCCGCAGGAGACAUGCACACACACGCCCACAUGCACACGUGGGCCAGCUAGCCCCCAACCCUCCCAGAGAGGGCGUGGUUGGCCGUGAGAGAAGAGAGGCCGUCAAGACUGGUAAUGUCUGAGGCGGCAGAGGGGGGAGCUCAAGUGAGGGCCUGGGCCGGCCUUAGGGAGCCCAGGUCUCAGCCUGUCUGCCGCCCACACCCUCCUGGGGCUCCCAGGCCUCGCCCAGGCCCUGACCCCGGUCCUGCAUAGGCGUCUCCUGGGGGCGUCCGCCAGGACGGCUGAGACCUGCAUAAUCUGGAAUCGUGAGCUAGCUCCAGCCCAGCUCUGCUCCAGCUGGUUUCUGGCGGUCACCCCUCCCUCUCCAGGCCUGGGACACACUGGUGCUCCCUCCAGACCCAGGGGAUUUCACAAACGUGCGGGCUUUAAACGUUUGCGGAGCACCCUCACAUGUAUUUGAGUCUCUUGACCGAUGAGAUCAGAGGCGGAGCAACCUAGAUGAAGUCACACAGCUUCUAAAUGACAAAGCUGGGCGAGACUGGUGGCUGAGAGGACCACCCCUGUGUUGGCAUCUGGGGACACAGCUUUCCUUUUAGGUGGGAACUAGCCACCCCCACUCUCCUCUCCAGCUGACUGGGUGGAGGAGCACCAGGCCUUUGGACACAGGAGUGUGGGCUGGAAAAAGACAGGAGCACUGGGGUAAAGGGAGGGCCACAGGAGGGAACUCAGCAGGGUGUCCCCUCUUGUGGAAAUGGCAGGUCAUUGGCAGCUAAGCCUCGGUUCCCAGCCCACAGCUCCCGGGGUCCUGUGUAGAUCCUCAGGACCUGGGAGUCCCACCCUCCAGGUCUGUCAGGGAUGAGGAGAGAUGGCUCACUAAAUCUUUCCCCAGAGCUGAUCUCUGCUGGUGGCCCCAUCUGGGAGAGGUUCAGACCCCAGCUGGAUUACUUGAGCCUCUGACGGCUCCAGAGGGGCAGAGGGCUAGUGCUGACACCCCCUACCUGCCAGAGCAUCUGGACCCCACCCCCGGAAACAGCACCCCAGGGAACACAGCCCUGGGCACAGCGCUGGCGCUCAGCUGCUGGGGCCUGGCCGGGGCCUGGCUGGGUCCUGGACACACUCCCUCAGUUCUGUACCUGACCCGAUGCAGGACUGCUGCACAGAACGUCCCCGCGUGCCAGCCCCCUACCCUCCGUGGGCACCCACUCCCCCAGCCUCCGGUGUCCGGCGUUGUCUGGGAGGAUGCGCUGUUGUCCUUCUGGAGAGAUGGCAGGAGCGAGUCUUCUCCCCUACAGUAUCCUCCGCAGCCCCAGGACGGGGAGGAAGGUGGGUCACCUCGCAGCCGGGUCCCCCCAAGCCCACCCGUCUGGGGACACCCCCCAGCUGGCCUCUCCCAGAGACGUCUCCCGACUGCUCACACCCCUUUGAUGGAGAGCGCUUUGUUCUAGAGCUUUGGGGUUUCCUUGGAUCCGUUUUUCUAAAGGGCAACAUAAGAAAAAAGAAACCAGAUCAAGGCCUCAAGUCUCCACGGAUCUGGGUUUUAUGGGCAGCGUUGCAACAGCCCUCAGGAGGGCCGCGGCCUGCAGCUGGCCCGCCUGGACUUGCUCCGGGCCGGGUGCUCUCCGUGGAAAUCCCCUCCCACGCUCACCCUUUAAUCGCUUUCCAGCCCAGUGACUUUCCUGAUUCACCCAGGCUCCCUCGUCUGGAGAGCGCCCACUGCCCCUCUCCCAUCACCGAGUCUGGGCUUGAAGCGUUUGAUCCCCGCUUGGGUCGGCGGAGGCUGCCCUCAGGCUUCAGGUCCCGGCCUGAAGGUCCCACGUUGCUGUGGAAUCUGGGUGCCCCUGCCGGAGGAGCCCGGGGCAGCUCUCCCUUGGGGCCUCGGGUCCAGGCGACCCCAUCAGAAGCCUGGCCGCUGCCCAGGGACCAGAGGCCGCAGCCAGCCUGCCGGCACCGCUGGGCAGAUUCGGGCACGUCAUCUGCUUCUAGCUGUGUUUUUCAUUGCCUUUUCACAAUGCUAAUGGAUCUGAAGUGUGAACAACACUUGAAUGCACAGCUGCUGUAGAAAAUUCAAGACAGAGACUUCCGUGUCCCGCGGUUAGGACUUCACCUUCCCGUGUGGAGGGUGUGGUUGGAUGAUCCCUGGUCUGGGAACUAAGAUCCCACAUGACUUGUGGCUAAAAAACCAAACCCAAAACAAAAGCGAUAUUGUAACAAAUUCAAUUAAGACUUAAAAAAUGGUCCACAACAACCAACAAAAAAAAGUUUAAGACAAGAAAGUAUCUUCUUCCACCCCUCCAGUCCCCCAACCCCAGAAACAAGAGUCGCUCAGCUUGGUCUUGGCUCACACACAUUUGCACCCAGAAGAGGGAGGGGGACGGGGUCAUGGACCGGGGACCAUGUGCGGGGUCUGUCCCAGGGACUGGAAGUCCCCGUCCCGCCCUGGCACUUUCUGCACUAGCGGGUAGCUCUUCCGUCUCCUCCUAAAGGGCAGCCGGUUCAUGGACUUGAAAUGGGUGGGGGUGAUGGGGGGAAGGGAGCCAGGUCCUACGAGUUCCUCCUGCGUGAGAGGACUGUUUUCCCUGCUUGCCUUUGCAUUUCCAACGUUGCGUAGUGAGGAGUAUAAACUUUCACCUUUAUCACUUGAUAAGUGAGAUGUUCCUACAGCUGCCUUUGUCAAGAUCAGUCAGAGAUGGCUGUAGCUGUCCAGCCUGGGACUGGGGUCCAGGAGAAGUGAGGAGGUGGAGGAGCUGGGGGAGGGAGGAGGCUCCUAGUGUGUUCAUGAAUGUGACCCUAGGGAGGUCCGUGGAGAGGAGCAUCGGUGUGGGCCCUGGGUGUGAGCUGAGUUCUGCCGGGGAACAGGGUGAGCAGGGGGCUGGGAGGAGUAACCCCGAGUGGGAGUGGCCCAGGAGCCCUCUAGAGGGUCAGGAUGAGGUCACAGAGUGGAAGGGCCAGGGGCUCAGCUGGGGCAGAAAAUGCCCACUAAGCACUUUAUUCACCAUUACCAGCCUCCGGAAUCUCCAUGGCCUCUGGGAGGAGGCUCCCCAGGCCCAUAAAUGCAGAACAUCAGAGCUGGCAGCUGCCCCGACUGCCCAGGACUGCCUGGAACAGCCUCAGCACCUCCCUCCCCUGGGAGCCCACAGGAGGCGCUGGGUCUCAGGCCCCACCCAACAGCCGAGCUGGAGUCUCAGCUUCGCAAGAUCCCCAGGAGGUUCUCAGGCCUGAGAAGCACUUCUGUGGACUUAAUCGAGGUCACAUCUCCAUUCACAUGGGAGAGGCCGACGCCCAGGGGGAGGAGGCGGGCCCAGGGUCACACAGCUGGUUCCAGCCUUGGUUCCACCACCGGCAGUGCCUUUGAGUACAUCACUCACACAGUCACUCCUUCUCUAGGAUAAAGGGGUGGCAUGACCACUGCUUGCUGCUGAUGGGAGGGCCAAGUCAGACAGCACCCAGACCUGUGCCAAGUACGCAGGGUAAGAGUGCGGGCACCGCCCUGCCCCGCACCGCCAGCCCACGGCAGCGAAGGAAGAGUGUCAGGUGGGUGGUGCAGGAGGCGGGCCUAGACCCAGUUCCUGCCUUUCUGUCCUGCUCUGCUGUCUACCUUGAACCAGAUCCCAAGCCGCUGUUUGGUUCUUGGCUUCCGUUGGGUCAUUUGUAAAUGGCAGUAAUGACAGCACCCGCCCCAGAGGCUGAAUGCAUUUAAGGCCUUCACAGAGGCCGUGGCACGAAGUGCACGGGAUGCGGAAUGAAACCCACCAAGUGUCCAAAAUCGGGAACGGGGAGCUGGCCUUGGCAGGGGGGUCUUCUCCAAGGGGGUAGCUUCUGCUUUGCCCUUGACUCAGGAAUCAGGGAGGACCCAGGAGACAAAGCCUUUCUCUGCAGACAGGAAAAGGGGGACUGGGAGGGGGUGUACUGGGAGGGCCCUGUGUGUCCUGCUUGGUCUCAGCCCCCUUUGGCUUUGAUACACCUCAAUCCUGACAAGAAAGGGAAUAAAGUGAUGGGUGGAGAGAUUCAUCAUGAACCAGGUGGCGGGGUCAGUUUUAGGGGGCCUGGCCUCACUCACAGCAGGCGGGCCUCCUCCACCUGCCCCACGCUGCCCCGAGGGGCUUCCAGGCCAGCAACCGGCCUCUGGGAACAGCCUCUACCUUAACCCAGCUUCACCCCCCGGAGGUGCGUCCGGCAUCCUCCCCACCGAGGCUGCUUUGGGUGACAGGCGGGCCCAAGCUUGCAGCUGGUGUUGGAGGCUGGCCGACAGCCUUCUGCUGCGGCUCCAGCAGAGGGCAGCCUGUCCCCAGCUUUGGGGCCCAGACGCCCCACCCAGCUGUUCCUGUGGGCCCUCCCAGAGCCCUGUACUGGUGAUCUGUUUGCAGAACUAUUCAUCCCCACCCCACCCCCAUACCCAAUGUGCAAACCCUUCUGGGAAGACAUCCGGUCGACCGCAUCCCGGGCUGCAUAGAGUGGAAGUGCCAGGAUGAGGGCACCUCGCCUGGGGCCUCACCUUGCGCUCCCUGCACUCUGCAGCACUGACUGGUCUUAAACCAGUCCCGUAUGUUUAGACCCUUUCCCAGAGUCAGGGUGGGGGUCCCGUCAAGACCUCCCCUGGGUCUGGUCCUAUGGAUGUGAUGCACAGACUUGCUGUUAAAGCAGCUGCUUCUUGUUUUGUAAAUCCACAGUGUGGGCAGAGGAGCCCAGCCCCCAACAUGAGACAGGCAGCCCUCAGACGAGCUCAUGCAGAAGUUCACGUGUCCGUGGACUUGGUCAAGGAGACCAGAACGCAUACGUUACAAUGCUAAUCCCCAAGGAGAUGGUUAGGGCUUGAGGGAGGGGCCCUGGUGAGUGGGAUUAGUGCCCUCCUGAGAAGCCAGAGCCCCUGCGCCCUUGUGAGGUGACCGUGUCUGUGAACCAGCAGGUGGGCUCUCCCCUGACACUGAAUCUGCCGGCACCUUGGCCCUGGACUCCCAGCCUCCAGCACUGGGAGGAGUGAAGUCCUGUUGUUAAGAAGCCCCAUCGAGCCCCACCUCUGGACCGUGGCAUUAUAAUAGCCCGAACAGACCAAGGCAGGCACUGGCGCCAACGAGCGGGCUGCUGUAACAAAUACCUAAAACUGUGCGAGUGGCUUUGGAACUGGAUAAUGGGUAGAGGCUGGAGAGGUCUGGGAAAGUCUGCUAGGAAAAGACCUACAUCAUCGUGAACAGACCCUGAAAGGGGAUUCCAGUGAGAGCCCAGAAAGGAGAGAGCAUUGGAGAAAGAGCCUAAGUCGUCUCAGGGCAAGAGGAGGAAGUAAUUCCAAGCAGAAUGUUGUAGAAAUACCGAUGACAAAUGCCAUUCUGAUGACAGAAGUGAGAGGCGUAGUAUUGAAAAGGGGACCCUGUUAUAAAGUGGCGAAGAACGUG